AUGGGGCAUGCAGGUAUGAUUGGAUGCAUUUCUUUUCAUGGGGCAAGGAUUGAAAGUGUUACUUCUGCUGUUCAGGUCUUGAUAAACCCGGGCACAGUUGCUACUCUCAUAUCUACCCAUGUUUUUGUUUAUUUUCCCCCACAGGAAGUCGUCGUAUUUGCAUCAACUUAUGUCUUAGUUUCCCUCAGUCUCGACCGACUUGAUGCCAUUGCCAGGCCCCUACGGUUUACCGGUAGUGGUACGAGGUCUCGAAUCCUGGUGGCGUCAGCAUGGGGCUGUGCCAUCAUCUUCUCGUGUCCGUCGUUAUUUCUGUUCAAAGAAACCACCAACCCAUUUGACGAGUCCAUAAAACUGUGUUACUUGGAUCUAACGGAACCGUGGCACUGGAUGGUCUAUAUCACAUUGCUAGCAGUGGCCUUGUUUAUCAUACCAACCAUAAUAAUUAUUAUAUGUUACACCACCAUUAUCUAUGUCAUAUGGAACAAUGGUAAAAUGCUACUUGGUAUGGAAGGCAGUAAUGCUAGCGAUCAUUCACAGAAAAGAUGGAAGCAUCAAACGAAAACAGGCUCAAAGCACAGUCAUGCGACUUCCAACAGCAGCAACAGCUCCAGUUCCAGUUCCAGGGGUGUCAUCCCCAAAGCUAAAAUCAAAACAAUUAAAAUGACUUUCCUUAUUGUCCUCGCCUUCAUCACAUGUUGGUCUCCCUACAUGAUAUUCUGUCUGCUACAAGUCUACGGAAUGAUACCCAACACACAUACCAUGCUGGCCAUCGCCACAUUCUUCCAGAGCUUGGCACCACUGAAUUCUGUUGCCAAUCCCAUCAUUUACGGCAUCUUCAAUUUAUGUGACUGUAAGAAUACAAGAAAUGCUGCUUGUUGCAGUGAAAUGAUUUGUAAAUGCUUCUAUGACAGAAGAGCAAGAAAAACCACGACUUUCAGAUCUGUAACAUCUGGAUACACCACAGUCGUUGAAACAAACUUCACUCACAGAGAACAUCUGGAGCAGACAGCAUCAAGGCGAGACUCUGGAGUGCCGUAUGUGAAAAGUGCCAUCAGUGAAACAGAGCGGAAGAUCCUUCUUCGAAAUCUCAACACAAUCGCGCCUGAGAAAAUAAAAAACAGAAAAAGCAUCCGUGAAUCAAAACUAUAAACUGAACUCUGAUGAAACUCGGCUUAAGUAAACUGGGUCAAGACGAAUUUUGCCGAAGAAAGUUGAGUUGAGCUGAAUUAAGUCGAAUUAAGAUAAAUUGAUCUGUGAUGAGUUGGGCUGUGGUGAAUUUAGAUAACACAGAUUGAACUGAGACAAAUUGAGCAGAGAGAUAUCUAACUGUGAUGAGGUGAGCUGGCAAAGAUUUGGUUGACUGAAUCUUCGCAAAGUUGGA